AGGAAACCGAAAGAGCUGUACGGCAUAAAAAAGGCGACAGAAAUAAAACCAAGUAGCAUUGAUUAAAAUAAUUAACUGAAAUUAAGGUAUAGAGUUGUGCAGAACGAAAUUUUGCCUUUAAACCCCGGUCAUUUCUCAAUAGCUACAAGAAAAGUAAUUUACUAUAUGCCCAGUAUGUCUCAUACAAUUUUGUUGGUUCAACCUGGUAUUCUACCAGAGACCCGCACCUUCAGUGAUUUCGAAACGGUUAAUGAAUGCAUGGAAGGUGUUUGCAGAAUUUUUGAAGAGCAUCUCAAACAUAAUAAUCCAAAUGCUCCCACCAUUACUUAUGACAUCAGGCAAUUGUUUGACUACAUGGAUCAGUUAGCAGAUAUAAGCUGCCUAAUAUAUCAAAACUCAACUAAAACUUAUGCGCCAUACAAUAAGGAAUGGAUAAAGGAGAAGAUAUACGUUCUGAUGCGCCGGGCUGCUGGUGGCACAAACUGAAUUGCAAACAAUUUUUUCCAAAACUUAAUUGGAGGUUCUUUUCUACGUAUACCAUCAUUAAAGAAUUACAGAAUUUUACAAAGAAUCUCCAACAUCACAAGAAAUGCAUGACAGUAUUAUGCUCUCCAACUGAAAUAUUUUUAAUCUUACUAACUCAUUACCACAACCCAUUUAUGUAUCCCAUUUUACUGUUCAAAUGACCAUUGAAUAAUAAUAAAUCGAUAACAAAAUAA